AUGGCACAGGCGGUGACAUCGGGCACCUCCCCGCAGCGGCCUCGUCCCUCCUACAUGUACAAGGUGGUCCUGCUGGGCAGCAUGUCCGUGGGCAAGUCAAGCCUGGCCUACAGAUACGUGAGAAACGACUUCAGGGAGCUGCUGCCAACUGUGGGAUGCUCCUUCUUCACACAGACACUCGACCUGGAUGAGGCCAUUGUCAAGUUUGAGAUCUGGGACACAGCAGGCCAGGAGAAGUACCAGAGUGUCUGUCACCUGUACUACCGGGAUGCCCACGCUGCCCUCCUCGUUUAUGACAUUGCUAACAAGCAAACACUCAGCAGAGCAAAGCUGUGGCUGGAGGAGCUGGAGAAGAGAUUCCUUCCCAACGAAAUCGUGAUUGCUCUGGUGGGCAACAAGACAGACCUUGCUACUGAGCGAGAGAUCACCACUGAGGAGGGGGAAGAGCUUGCGCGAACAAAAGGCCUCCUGUUCAUGGAGACAUCUGCAAAAUCCAACCAUCAAGUAAAUGAUGUCUUCAUGGCUGUAGUCCAAGAGCUCCUGAGGAGGGAAGAAGAGAAGGCAUCCAAGCCAUCCCCACAUGGGAGGUCGACUGUGGACCUGAGGGCGAGCAGGGAGAGGACGCGGUGCUGCCGGAGCUGA